AUGUUGAAGCGCGUCGGUGACAAGACAACCCAAACGGAGGGAGACCCCGCGGGGAGCCGGGGCACCUCCUCGGCGUCCAGUAACCCCCCUGACGAGGACGCGCAAGGGAAAGACUGGUUUGUUGUGGAAAAUAUAAAACUCAGAAAACAAAUAAAGAGUCUCAAGGGAGAGUAUGAAAAGGUGAACAGGAACCUCAGCAUCAGGUGCCAGCUCCUCCAAAACAAGCAGCAAAUAAUCCCCAGCGAUAACUUCUACCUACAGCUGGACAAAAUUUUGCGCAGGAAGAAAAAAGGAAGGAGGUACAAAAAUAAUGCUACCCAAACAGACAUAACUUUUGUGAGCCCCUUCUUCGAUAACUGGGAGAGUUAUUUCGAAGACUCAGUUGUAAACAGAAUUGCCAGCGAUGGGGAAUUAGAAAUCCUGAAGAAAAAAAGAAUCACAAAAAGAGUUAGUGAGAUUAGGUACCAGUACAACUGUGAGGAUGAGUUGCGCAGGCGGUCGGACAACCAAAGCGGAAGGCAAAGCGGAAAGGAAAGCGGGAAGGAAAGCGGGAAGGAAAGCGGGAAGCAAAGUGAAAACCGAAGCGCCAACCAAAGUGCCAACCCGAGUGCCCCACAAAGGAAGUACCCCCCGUACGGCAAAGCGCGAGCGGUGCCUCCUACUCGACCAAGCACGAAUAUGUUCAAGGUUCCCAACCGCUUAAUCCACAAGGACAACGUACUCUAUAGCCUCUACACAGACAACGAUUUAAUUUUCAUACGGGAAAUAGCGGAGGAUCUGAUCCCCAAGGAAGGGGAGAAAAGGGACGCUGGGGGGAUAGACAAAAAAGAAACGGAUAAAAAACCAUCCCCUGUUGGAUGUUCAUAUCAGAGGGAUGAAACAGAGGAGAGACCGUCCGAAGGAAAAGAUGUACAAAAUAAGUCAAGCUGGAUAGGAAAUCCCACAGAAAGGGAGAAGCUAGACGAUUUGCUUACACAUAUGAACCAGGAAGAAAUACCCCAAGUAGAAGACCACAACAGCGGUGUCGUGCUCUCUCAGGAUGAAGAAGGAAAUGUCCUUGACGGGGCGCAGACUCCGAAGGGGAGGAACACUCCCGAUCAAAUGGACGCAGUUAAAAAGGACACUCCAGAUCAAAUGGACGCAGUUAAAAAGGACACGCCCGAUCAAAUAGACGCAGUUAAAAAGGACACUACCGAUGCGCCCUCCA